AUGGCUAAACAAGAUGUCUACAACAUUCAUCCCUCUGGAUGGGAAGGGGACCCCGCGGAAGAACGAUUCAAAGUAUCGACCUUGGACUACCUAACGGUCUGUACCUACAAUAAUUACGCGUUAUUUUUUAGGCUCAAAGAUGCCGAAAAGAGCCGCGCCGUGGAAAUCUUGAUAGCCGGACUUGAACGGACUUUGAGUCAAGCAAGACACCUUUGCGGCACCAUCGAAAAGGACCCUGCCGGUGGACAUUCCUUUGUCAAAAAGAAAGACAGCACAGUCCGGCUCUUCGUACAGUGGCUGGAUUCUCCCGCUGUCAGGGAGGACUAUCCAUCCUUCGAUGAGAUUCACGAUGGCGAUUACCGCACCUCACUUCUGGGCGACAUUCAGCGCUGGAGUGUGCCUCCGAUGACAUAUGGGGAGAAACCAGAAGCUCACCCGGACAACAGCCCAGUCGUGGCUUCAUACAAGGCCAAUUUCAUUCAAGGCGGUCUGGUCUUCAUUAUGCAUAGUCAUCAUUAUUCUAAUGAUGUUAUGGGAUGGGCUGGUCUCACCCAUCAGCUCGCCGAGAAUUGCUAUGCGAUUGCCAACAAGACACCAUUCCCAACCUGGGAUCCCGCAUGCAUGGACCUUUCUCGUUUGACGAAGCCUGAAAUGCCUAAUGAAGUGAAGGUAGAUGGCCCACUAGCACCGAGUCGUCAUCCGGGUCAUAUCCCAUCCGAAACACUAUUAUUUCACCUACCUAAGAGUAAAUCCGCAGAGCUGAAGAUUCAUGCUUCACCAUCAGAUGGAACCUGGAUCUCUACCUACGAUGCUUUCUCGGCAUUUAUUUGGCGGACUCUUUCACGUCUGCGAGCCCCGGUUUUCCAACCAGACCUCUCGGCACCGCUCUUUUGGGUUGAGGCCGUUGACAUGCGUCGCCGUCUCCACAGUCCCAAGGUUGCACCCCGGCUCCAGCACAACGUCAUGGCUGGAGCCCUGUCUUCUACUGCGCCGGCGAUUACGCCGACAGCCGCAGAAGUCAUAUCUGGGUGGCCACUGUCAAAGUUAGCCUCGUACAUCCGUCAGUUGACCGACAGUGUCACCCAAGAGGCAUUGGACCAAACACUAGAUAUGGUUUCUAUUGUUCGCGAUAAAACAGCCUUAAAUAUGCGGAUUGAUUCUUAUCCGCCCAUGUCGAUUCUUCAGACGGACCACCGCGAUGCAAAUGUUACCAGUGCCAAUUUUGGCUUUGGCACUCCAACUACGUAUCGUCAUUUGCUUGAUUGUAUGACCCCAGGGGUAUUUAUUAUUUACCCACCACGCGAUAAGGCUCCUGAAUCAAACGAAGGGCCAGAAUUCUCGAUUACUUAUGAAAAGGGCUUAAAGCAGGCUUUGAUUGAAGAUCCGAAUUGGAACCAAUAUUUUGAAUACCGGGGUGUGGACGCUGUUGAGGCGUGCGAGAGAAGAUCAUUUGCACCUGAAGAGUCGUAA